AUGAAAGUCUCUAGUUUGACGUCGUUAUUAGCGGUUUCUGCUCUAGCGGAUGCUUGGUCUCCAAGUAAUGGUUACGCUCCAAGUCGAGUGAAUUGCGAGGAAGAUAUUCAGUUAGUGAGAAAGGCUGAUGGGCUGUCUUCAAAUGAAACGCAGUGGCUGGAGAAAAGAGAUGCUAACACCAGGGAAGCACUACAGUCGUUCCUCGAACGGGCAACCGCCAAUUUCUCCGACAAUGCCUUAGUUUCACAGCUCUUUGACCUUAGUGAUGACUCAAAUGUGCCAAGAAUCGCUGUGGCAUGUUCUGGAGGUGGAUACCGUGCUAUGCUAAGCGGUGCCGGCAUGCUUUCUGCGAUGGACAAUAGAACCGAAGGUGCCAAUGCGCACGGCUUAGGUGGUCUAUUACAAAGUACUACUUACUUAGCAGGUUUAAGCGGUGGUGCGUGGCUGGUGGGAAGCCUAGCAUGGAAUAACUGGACUUCUGUUCAAGAUAUCGUCGAUCACACCUCUGAAAAGGGCUCUAUUUGGGAUAUUACAAAUUCUUUGGGCCAAGGCGGUACUAAUAUCACUGCUACCAACCAAACAUGGUCUGAUAUCAUGAGAGCUGUCACUACUAAGCAGAUGGCAGGGUUCAAUGUGACACUCGCUGACUACUGGGGUCGAGGUCUAUCGUACGGGUUCUUCCCAUCGCUUCCUGAAGGAGGCGUCGGUUAUACCUGGUCCUCUUUGAGAAGUUCAGAUGUAUUCAAGAAUGGUGAGAUGCCAUUCCCUAUCACUGUUGCUGAUUUUAGAAAGCCCUACUCCGAAAUUGCUUACGGAAACACUACCAUCUUUGAGUUUAAUCCUUUCGAGAUGGGAUCUUGGGAUGAUAGUUUGCAAGCAUUCACAGACGUCAAGUAUUUAGGAACUAAGGCAUUCAAUGGUACUCCAGUCAAUAAGGGUCAGUGUGUUGCGGGAUUUGACAACACUGGAUUUGUUCUCGGAACUUCCUCCACAUUAUUUACUCCAUCUAUGUCAUCGGCAGUCGGUUUAUUACUCAAUGGCGGGGCAGUGGGAGAAAUUUUUGCAAAGGCUAUGGCAAAUGAUACAAAUGACGUGGCUAAUUAUGCUCCAAACCCUUUCAAAGGUGUUACCUUUGGAAGUGAGACAGAAAAGUACUUGACCGAAGACUACCUGUACCUCGUUGAUGGUGGGGAAGACAACGAAGUUAUCCCAUUUGUGCCUUUGUUACAACCAGAUAGAGCCAUGGAUGUCAUUUUUGCCUUGGAUAGUUCAUCAGAUACCGCCCAGGCUUGGCCCAAUGGAUCGGCUCUAACCACUACUUACGAGCGUCAAUUUACUUCUCAAGGUGACGGUAUAGCUUUUCCACAUGUUCCAGGUCCAGAAAUCUUUGAGCUAUUGCGUCUAAAUAAACAGCCAACUUUUUUUGGCUGUGACGCAGGUAACUUGACAGACCUGGAGUACAUCCCACCUUUGGUUGUUUACAUUCCAAACUCCCCAUAUUCUUUUAACAGUAACCAAAGCACCUUAAAGUUGUCGUACUCAGGACAGGAGAGGCUAAGUAUGAUCAAAAAUGGUUUUGAAAUCACCACAAGAGGCAACUUGACCCAGGAUCCAGGUUUUGCUGGAUGCAUUGCCUGUGCAAUCAUGAGGAGACAACAAGAAAACGUCAACGCCACUUUACCACAAGAAUGCCAAGAAUGUUUUGCCAAUUACUGUUGGACCGGUGAGGUCACCAGCUCUAACAUGUCCUUGCCAGAUGGUUCAUCGUCAUACAAUAAUACUAGCUCUACUCAUUUGACCAGUACCUUGAGUCCAUCGUCCAGUAUUUCUCAAUCUUCGUCAGCUUCACCUACUGCAACGAUUUCGUCAUCAACCAACCAUAACAGUGCGAACAUCCUUAGACAAUCUGCCAGUUACGGAAAGAGCAUUAUAACCUUGCUCUGCAUCUUGAUGAUUGUAAGCAUCAGCUUCUGA